CAGAGAUAUUGAUAGCGCAUUCCGGACAACCCUGAAGAGUACCCAGGAGACCACCGAAGGAGUCGAGCGUCGCUGCGAGGCCGUAGCCAUGGCCGCGAAUGGAGCGCGAAAGGAAACUCCUACGAACUCUGAGGGCAUGGGCAGUCUGCUAGACACAAGCAUAGUCAAAGGCGUCGUAAAGUCCGAAAAGCCGAGGAUCAGGUUAAAGAUCAAGAAACCGGUGCCUAAGGCAUCGAUAUCGGGAAAUUGGAAGGAGAGCGAUGCGACAAACGUCGAGAACAAACCUGCUCCGUCGACGACUUCACCCGUGAUUAACCCUCUUGACGAGAAGACCAUCACUGGCUUCCCCAGCGGCCGCCCAUUGGAAGACAAGGUAGAUACCGUGCAAUGCAAACACUGUAGACGGCCAGUCCUCCGCGCAUCCUCGGCGGCACAUAUCCGCGAAUGUCUCCACAAGAAACAAGAGAAACUUAAGAAGAAAAAGGAGGCCAAGGAGGCCAAAGAUGCCGCUCUUAGGAAAGAAAAGGGCGAAGAUGACGAGGGCGGAAAGUCGCGCAAGUCGGCCAUAAAGGGCGCUUCCAUGGACGGGGACGGUGCGAAAAAGGGCAAGAAGCGCAAACUUGAUGACGAUGCGGAGAAGGCGCCCAAUGCGAAGAAAAAGAAGAAGGACGAACCCAAGCAAAAGGGCGCAAAGCCCAAGGGACCUGUCGACGUUGAGAGGCAAUGUGGUGUGACUCUGCCAAAUGGUGGAUACUGCGCCAGGAGUCUGACCUGCAAGAGCCAUUCAAUGGGUCUCAAGCGAGCUGUGCCAGGACGUAGUUUGCCGUACGACAUGUUGCUGGCGCAAUACCAAAAGAAGAACCAGGCCAAGAUACAACGGUCGCUCAUCGAUGCUAACGCUCCCCUUCCUGAGGAUCUUGAGCCCUCGGGUGCCGUCGACUCUGACGAAGAGAAAGACGCCAUCAUGGCUGCCCUAGGCCGACACCGACCGCGUCCCAUGGCAACGUAUACGCACACAUCUCAACGAUCGAAAUACCAGUAUAUACGCAUGAAAGGCAUGAUUCGCUCGGCCCUCGGAGCACCGCCUGGCGGAGGGUCUAUGUUUUCAGGUGGAGAUAAUGCGAGCACCGGACGGGGGAUGGCAUUGGGCAUAAUGGGCGCGCCUCUGAGCGCAACCAACGAGCAUUUCCCGCAGAGCGCGGGUUUCGGAGCACCGCUCAGUGCUGGGCUGGACAGUGGAUCGGCGAGCAGAAGGCAAAGUACCAUCAGCUCUGGCGGUCCUCGGCAGAUACUGCCCGGGCAUUUGCAGAAAGUAUCAUGAGGCAGGGCAGGUUAACGACGGCGGGCAAGGGAGAUGGCAUUGGUUGCUGUGUACUUACAGUUGGGGGUCUUGGAGUUAUGAUACCCGUGUGCGGAAACACAACUAGCUACACACUUAGCUAUAUACUUGACCACGAUUAAGAAACGACUGAAAUCCGG